CUACAAGAAGCGCCGCCCAUUCGGCAAUGUGGCGGCACCACCCGAAAGAGAGGGAGAGGGCAGGGAUAGCACGGGAAAGGAGGCCCUAGAGGAGGAAGAGUGGGCAGAACGACAGGCUAAGGGAAGAGAAGAUGAUGAUGACAAGCAGGCCUCAUCAGAUGAUGAUUACUGA